AUGGCCAGUCCUCCCAUUUCAUACACAAGAUUGAGACAAAUCGCAAAUGAUGCGUGUCAGAAUGCACUUGGAAGUGCAGAGUUCUACGAACAUAACAAGACGGAAUCUUGGAAUACUACCAUCAUUAACUCCAUCCUCAAAUCCCUAAUCUCCGAAUCGACCCCCUCAACUGGCGGUUCCCCCUCUUUCAAGUACGCAGUCAAUAGCACCAUCAUCCAACAUCUCGUUCCUACCUCCUCGCUCAAUAAAUCUAAAGCCUCGCCCCCCACAACCACAGAUGAAACAACAGAUGAUGCGAAAAUAACAACUAGUGAUGUGAAAGGAGAUGCGAAGAGUACAGAUGGUAAACCCCAUGUGGGAAGGAGGGGAAUGCAUAGUGCGACGGGAGCUUAUUGGAAUGAGAAGACGGAUGGGAUGUGGAGUUUUAAGUAUGAGGGUGGUGAGGGGAAGGGUUUGGAUGUGGUUAUUAGUGUGAUUUGGAUUUCGUUGUAG